CCGACGAACAUUCCGUCUUCCGCUAUCGUCCGGACCGGUGUACUGUUUAGUUCGCGAUGUUUUACGAAAUGCGUGACAAGCAAUAUGAUUCCGGGUCGUCGUGCCUGGGUCGGUGCUGGGUGUUGGUGGCCAUGUGCGGAUUACUCAUCACCGUAUCGUUCAUCGGGAUGACUUUGUGGCUCGGCAUGAACAGUAGGCCGGAUGUACCGGCGGCGGUGUACCAGCCGCCUGUGCACGCGGUCCCGAACGUGCACAGACACCACUACGAGGUGACUACAGUCAAGUCAACAUUCCCGACGGCCGACUAUGACGCGAUGCCCACCACGAGCAUAAAGAACAAAAAAGGCAGGAUCGAAAUAGUCGAACACGAGAAAAUGGCCAAAAUAGAACCAACCACUCCGACUUCGAGGGUCGAGGCUAAGCUCGACGACGGCGUGAGUCCAAUAGAGGAGACCAUAGAGCCGUCUAGAGUGAACGGGGUGAGAAAAAAGAGCGAGGUAGUGUAUCCGAAUUGGUCUGAAAUGGAAGGAAAAACCGAAGAAGAGGUGGAGGAGCCGCCGCAAGAGUUUCAACCUUAUUACGUGAGCGAACAACCAGAUACGCAAAAGUUCAACCCUAUACCCGCGUUCUCUUACCUCAAAGAACACCCAAUCCGAUUGUCAGGAAAAGACAUCCGACCUCCGGGCACAACAGAAAGUGAGGAGUACCCAUAUUUCUAUCCGCAGUUUGAGGACGUAACGCCCGCAGACGAGAAAGCCGUCAAUCCUGUGUUCACGUUUUUGAGGAAAAGGUUACAGGACGUUCGCGAUUGGUUGGCCCAGUCAGGCAUCCGAAAGAAUCAGAGUCAAUGGAUUCAAAUGGUUGAUGCUGUUAAUCAAUCGCUGUAUACGAAAAAUGCCACAAUCGUAUUGUCGAAGCUCCGUGAAAUGUACGCCAACACUAGUGAUGUAGCUGCCGACACGCCUGUAGCUAGCUUAAUUUAUCCAGCUGCCUCUAACGAUUCCGCCGCUAGCCUAGUUUCGUUCGGACUGUUGGCCAUCGAUCUUUUUCUGUUGCAUAACGUACAGCAAAUCGCCCUUAACGAAGACGCGGAAGCCGGGCAGCAAAUGCUCAACGACCCGGACGUGGUGGCAUUAAAUGCGCUGUUUUUGUCUCCCGACCGUGUUAAACAACUGCGUUCGGCCAAUUCGAGAGUGUUAUCGGACGACCGUCGCAACAGGAACCCCAAAGGAUUCGUAUCUGAAUUGAUGGAGUUUAUCAACGGUGGUUUAAGAGCCAUACUCAAUCUGAGUAGGGCGUACAGGAGUAGCUCUCGGGCGGCUAAGGCCGAAGGAAAAAGCGUGGGUGAUAAUCCCACUGCUAGUGGAUCAUCGUUGGAUUGCAUUUGGACGUUAUACUGUCGAAAUUUAGACAAGACUGCUAAACUGGAUGGACCUUAUGGAUUUUUAGCGAAGAUGAACAGCUUGGGCUUACGUUUAAUGAUGGGUGAAUUUCCGGUCGAAAGAGCACUGGAGCAUCUGAUCAAGGAAUCGGCCCAUGGAUGGCGAAGAUUGAACUGUGAUCGGCUUUUCCCCAGGUGUAACGGGGAAGAAGCCAAGGAGGUGGUUAUCGAGACGGCGCUUGGUCAAAACCUGUCCGGUGAUUCCGAAUCGUCGUAGUUGUCUAAAAAUAACCCUUUCUUUACUCCAUCUUCUUAUACUACUGCCAGUGAGUUCCCUGAAAGAUAGGACUAAGGCCACUUUUUACGUGUUUUAUCGAUGCGCUUAACGCGUAUAGAAACACUUCCGAACGGAGGGCACGAUAAAAGCGCACCCGACCUAAUCUUUCGGCAACCUCUGUUUAUCAAUCAUAUCUGACUCACGGUCCAUGAUACGAUAAUAAUAACAUGACGGCGUGAACUCAAAAAUAAUGAAAUAUAGUUUAAGUGUCCGCCGUUAUUGAAAACUAGUUCCUCUGAGAAAUAAUGUGUUAUAGGUAUUUCUAUAAAAAAAUAUAAUACAAAUUAUGAACAAAAAAAGUGUAGGUAGUUUGUAACGGCAAAAAAGUAUUUUGUUCCCACCUUAACUAGCCGAUAAAUUUGUUCCGAUGCGAUCAGUAAUUUUCUAAAUCGAUAUCAUCAUGAACAGUAAAUUGUCAACUGUUAUAUUUCAGGAAAAACAAACAACAGGGGAUUUAUCAUUAUUUAUUUUAUUUUUUAUUUUGUAUGUUGCUAUACUUUCCAUUUUUUCAUUUCUAUAAAUUUCCUAUACCUUAGAAGUAUUCAAUAUAAGGAACACCCGUUGAUAUCUUAUUUCAAUCGUAACGAACCGUAGUUAUGUAUUAACAGUAGAUUGGACUAUUAUUCGAUGUAGGUAGUUCGAUUCAAAAAUAUUCUUCCCUAUUCAGUGACCAGAUAUAUGGUUUUUAUAACUAAAAAAAAUAACCCACCAG